GUCCUUCAAUUGGUAAAUGAAUGAUCUUAUGGAAGCAUUCCAAAAUGAACGAUCGUAUUUAUACAGCUAGUAACGUCGGCCACAAUAAUUUCGCACACAUUUCAAGCUAGAUGAAUUAACGAUUAAAGCUGUGCCAAAAUAUUGCUAGCAUUAAAUUUUGCAUCUAUAAGAGUAUCAAGAAGAAGUAGAAAUUUUGAACAAAGAAGCAAAACAAAGACCACACGUACAAUUAAUUGCAAAUAUACACAGGGAAAGUAAGCACUUGCAAGAAAUACAAGCUCAAAAUAAGCAAUUGAAGAAUGCAUUAAAAGACCAUCAACAUGCUCUUGAGUUAAUAAUGUCUAAAUACAGACAACAAACUGCAGCUUUGUUACGUCUGUGUAAAACAGAUCUUACAUCAUUACAGAAUUCAAAGUAUACUAAUAUAAUUACAAGUCAAGCUGAUAAAAUUAAUGAAAUGGCAGCAAUAAUGAGAACCGCAGCUGCUAUAGACGAAGAAAAUGAAUUAAAAGAGAAGGAAAUGUAUCAUAGUUUAAAGGAGGAAAAUGCAACACUGCGGGAAUUAGUAAAUAUUGCGAAUAAAUAUGGUUCUCUAAACAAGGAAAACGAAUUGGAAAAUAAAACUGUUCAAACAGAGCCGGACGCCUUAUAAGAAAAUUUUGUAAUGUAUACAAUUCUUAUAUAAAGUUCAUAUUAUUUAUUUCAUAUUUUAUAGCAUAAUUAAUAUCAAAAAAAAGAAGUGUAUUAUCUGUAUGCAAUAAAGUGCACAUGCAAUAUAUGAUCUGUACACACUAAACAUUUUUAAUGAAUUUUAUUAAACGAAAGCAUUUCUAA